GCAACAAAAGACCUGGACAUGCUUUUGAGACAGAAUACUAUGCGUAAUAGUAAUAGUGAAAAUCAUGUUGACUCAACACAGUCAAUCUGCUUCGACCUCACCACAUACCUGAAAAACCAAAAGAAAAAAAGGAUUAUUAAUAAACUUUUCUCUUUCUUGCUGUCUAAUUUUCUGUUUUCUCUCUUUCUCUGGUUUAACAUUUACUUUCUUCGUUUCUCUGUGGUAAGCCAAAGAAAUUCACGAUAACCCAUUUCUUUAUUUUGUUUUUUGAGGGUCUUUAUUUCGUUGUUUUUUUUUUUGUUUGGUUUCCGAGAAAACUGUAGGAAAAGGCAUUUACUUUAUUCAUACUGAUGGAGUCUUGGAGCUAUGGUUCUGAAGGGAAAGGCCUUUUUUUUACUGAUGAAAUGGAUUUGCCAGUUGAUGCUUUUGCUAGAAGUAGAAAAGCACUGGUUGGUUGGGACCUCAAGCCUGCUACUGAUUUUGAAGCUAUUGAGAGUAUGGAAUUCAUGGAUUUUGGUUUUGCUGAUAUGAACAAAAAACCCUUCUAUGGUAACACCAGUAUGGGAAUUUUUGGUGCUGAGUUUGGUAAUGAUUCUUCUAAAAGGGUAGUUUCUCCUGUUUGUAUGAUUAACUCUAGUUCAUAUUAUGGUGAAGAGGAAUCUGGUUCCAAGCAUUCUAGUUCUUUGAUAGAGUCUAACAGUCAAGAAUCUUCGCUCAUUGACUUGAAGCUAGGCAGAUUGACUGAAUAUAGAGAUGGGCAGGAUGGCAAAUUUUUUAAGGAAACUUCUGUUGUUUCUUCAGUUAGUCCGGCCUUGAUGGCUAAGAAAGCUCGAACCACAAGCUCAUUCUUUCAUGCUCCUUGCUGUCAAGUUUAUGGUUGUAACAGGGAUCUUAGCUCCUCAAAAGAUUACCACAAGAGGCAUAAAGUUUGCGAAGCUCACUCUAAGACUGCUAAAGUUAUUGUUAAUGGAAUUGAACAGAGAUUCUGUCAGCAGUGUAGCAGGUUUCAUUUACUGGCUGAAUUUGAUGAUGGUAAGCGCAGCUGUCGUAAACGCCUAGCAGGGCAUAAUGAGCGUAGAAGGAAGCUUCAUUUCAAUUCCCUUUCUGGAAAACCACACAAGUUGCUGCAGUCAUAUCAUGGUACCAAAUAUCUGGGGAGCCCCAUGCCAAAAAGAAUGCCUUCUGCUAUUCCAAACAUAUUUCAGGGUGACUUUAUUUGUCCGGGAAGAUAUGAACACGCUAAUCAGUGUCAGCGGGUUAAAUAUGAAGAGAAACCAAUUUAUAGUCCUCAGUCAGCAAUACCGAUCACAAAUGGCGAGUUGCUACCAAAAUCUUUCUUUCAUGUGCACGGCAGUGGAAAACAAUAUGUUCCUGGAACAUUUUCAUCAGCAACUGAAGCCUUUAAUGCUCCUAAUGCAGCAUCUAUAGUUAAAGAGUUAUCUGGGGUUUCGCGCUUAGAUUGUGCUCUCUCUCUUCUGUCAGCUCAAUCACAGGACUCAUUAAGCCAUGCGACAGGAAUUCAAAUGACUAGACCCUUAAUCAAUCAAGCUAACCUUGCCUAUCAUAGCUCUGAGAAAUCUGCAGCAGUGACUUCUAUGGAAAAAGUCAACGACUUGUAUUCAUGUGGAAUGAACCCUGUGGGAGUUGGCCAAGCGGGGUCUGUUCUGCUCUCUGAUAGUGGUCAUACUGUUAGUUUUGAAGUGCAAGCAGAUGGAUAUUUUCAAGACUCGGGUCUCUUGAGUGCAAGGCAUUGUCUUUCUCCUGAAAAUGGAACCACUGUUGAUUUGCUUCAACUUUCAACACAUCUCCAAAGAGUGGAGCGACAAAGGAAUCCCAUGCAAGUAAAGCAGGAAAAUGAGGGCCUGUGUUAUUUCCUUACCACUUAAUCAGUAUGAGAGGGACAAGGUUUGCAGGAAGAGUUGCAAAGGUGCUGCAUCAAAAGUUUUACCUAAUUGAUGCGCUUCACCAUAGGUCAUUAGAUGUUCAGAUACCAUUGUUAGUAAACCCCGUUUCUGAUAGGUAUAUAAUGGAGUGAAUUCUGGAGCUUGUAGCUGUAAAUUGACGCAAGUUCAGUAGUAUUUGUUCUUUGGAGAACUCUUGUCCUCCACUGCUCUUUAUGUAGUUAGCUGGUUUAAUGAUUCUGUUAUUAUAUGAUACUAUUUGAGACAUUGUGGAAGGACUUUUAGCUGGUUAGUGAUCCCCAUCACUUUGGCUGCACUGAAGGGGCAAGUUCAAAGGGACCAACUCAGAGUCAAUUUGGAAUAAGGCCCCUUUUAAAAAUUUUAGAUUAAUGGAAUCAUGUAGCAUUAACUGCUUUUAUUUAUCAACCUUUUAUACUGUAAAAAACUUUUA